UUAUUUAUACAAUGUCUGUGGUCCAGCUGAGCUCAGAGGGUGCCUGCGUGUGUUGUGUGUUUGUGUGUGUUUGCUCGUGUGUGGGGGGACGCCUGCAUGUGGUGGAGGAGAUGUUCUGGAGUCAUAAGAUCGUCUGGUUCCGAGUGGUUUUAGUCUGCGAACUAUUAAGGGAUCAUGGAGAACUUUUUUUCGGGUAACAAGAGAACUAACUGAGGCCAAGACUUCCGCUCCUUGACUGAGUGACUUAAAGGAUGUUAUAAAAACAAGACAGUGUAGGAAGCUAAAGAUUGGCACCAUAUGGAGCUUAGAUUUAUUAAUUACGGCUAUCAUCAUUAGUCUGGGUUCUUAAACCCACGUUGGGCAUAUGACUGUCACUCAUGGAAGCAUUUUUGUCCAUUGUUCACUGACUUUGGGGGACCCCAUGGUUCCUUGGCGAGCUUUCUUGGAAAGUUCAGGAGAAGGCAUGGAGCAAACUUGACUUCGCUGUGGAAAAAAAAAAGAGGACACGUUUCUGCCUUUUACACUGCCAACAACAACAACAAAUAGCUGCUAUGUGUUUUCCAGCAAUGUGGACAGGGGCCAAGUGAAGGUGAACUGGUCAUGGUUUGUCGCCAGAUCUUCCUCUGUCGCCGGCGUUUCUGCCCAAGACCCUUCUUUCUGGGCUUAGUGGUAGCAAUCUGCCUCUUCUACCAGACUCUGACACUCAUAGGGACGAGGAAACUUAUAUCAGCUGUUACUGGGGCUUCCCCAUACAAAGUGGCUGAAAGUUAUCAAAGCCAAUCCAAGGAAACUGCCACAAGGGAUACAUAUUGCUUCCCGUCAUCAGAUGGCGCACAGGUAACCCAAAAGAUUAAAGAGUCUAUUGCAAAGCAUUUUGGAAGCCAUGAGAGAAGGGCAGUGCUCUAUGUGCCUUCUUCCUACAGCCAAAUGGAACUUCAGCUUUAUCAGCACAUACUCACACAUCAUGGCUAUACCAUAAUUACCUCAGAAGAAAGUCUCAGGGCUGGCCUUGGGAUGGGGCAGCUGAACCAAGGUGAAUCAGGCUCUUGGGAUCUUCUCAUCUGCCUGCCUUCUAGGAAAGCUGAUGGAAAGCCUUGCGUCGUGAAAGAAGACUUGUUCCAGUUGAACUUACAUCAAAGGGUAAAUAUACUCCCAGAAAUACAGUAUCAGCUUUGCAGCAAGGAAGGAUUAUGCCAAAUCAUUAGAAGAUUCCCAGAGUUGAAUCUUCCUGUUGUCCCUUCUGUAUGUCUGAAUGAGCACACACAGGUAAAACUGAGCACUUCAAACCAUCCUUCAAUGACAGAGAAGUCUCAUGGGACACACCCUGUACCUUUAAGGCCCUUCUGGAACUGGCCUCAUCAGCUGAAUCAAACACCAGCCUCUGUGACACAUAAGCAGCCUUUUAAAGCCAAAGAUUUGUCUGUGAUCAUUAAAGCAUAUGUGUUGGUGACAUCUUUAACACCUCUGCGGGCCUUCAUUCAUUCAACUGGUACCAUUUGGAAUCCACCCAAGAAAAAACGUUUCACUGUCAAGCUGCAAACAUUUUUUGAGACAUUUCUCCGGGUCAGUUCUCCUCUUCAGGCCUUUGAUAAUAUGAAGGAAGCUAUAAGUAAACUUCUGCUGGCAGCCGAAGCAUUCAGUGAAACAUCUACUCUGGGACCAAAGACUGCCAAAAGGUGCAGAUUAUGUUUUCAACUUUUAACAUUUGAUAUUUAUUAUAGCAGCUCUUUGAACCCAUUAGUUCUUCAGGUGCAUGAGCAUUUUGAUUUUCAAGUUGACAAUAAUCUUGAUUUGGAGGACCAAAAUACAAAAGAAUUCCUUUUAAAAGACACUUUCAAUUUUCUUUUUGCCAAUGAGUCUUCAUUUUCCAUUUUUUCUGAAGCACUUCAAAGAAUUUACAGAUCAGAUACAAUUAAGGGUGAAGGAUAUCAAAAUCAAUUCAAUCCAUGCCUCUCUUUAGAGGAGAUGAAUUCAAUUAUGACAUUCAUAAAGGAACUCAAGAAUCUGGGACAGUUUCAACUGCUUUUCCCAUCAACUUCGCCUGGGAUUCAAGCUUUUAUGCAUGAAUUUUAUUAUGUGGCAGAUCCUAUGGGAAAACAUGGUUCAGUUCUGACCCAGCACCGGUCUCUCUUAAAUUUAUUCAAAGAACUACAACUCACAAAUAAAAAGAUUCAGCUCUAUUCUUUAGAAUGGAAACACAAGAAUAGUUUGAGAGAUUCACCUCUGAAACAAGCAAAUCACAGGAGUCUGUUUCCAGAUAACAUUAAGCCAAGAGUUCCCUUGGAUGCAGGUGAAAAUAUCAUAGUGCCACAUUUAAUGAAUAAGACCAAAGAGAUACAUUGCAGUAAUGAUAAAGACACAAUAUCUUAUGUCAAGCAGAUCUUUACAAAUCCACAUUUGGACCUGAAUCCAGAAUUUAACCCAAAGAUCAGAGACUACUACUCUGAAGUCCCAUUUGAUGUUAUAACAGUAACAAUUGGAGCGGAGACUUCUAAUUGCCAGUGCAAAGUACAUCUGGAUGAAAAGGCAGGGCCAAGUUUUGCAAAUUAUCCUCUGGGAUUAGGAAUGAACAAAAUCCUAAUUCUUGUGGUAGAUGAAUCUCAAACAGAUGGGGAAGUCCUCAGCACUUACAGACUCACAGUUUACCGAGAAGACCGCCCAAGUCCUUUAUUCAGUGACUACAUGGCAUGCGGUUUUGUUCAGGAUUGUGGUUUAAAGAUUCACCCUGAAGAAACCUGUGGAUUACAGCCUCUGUCAUCUGACUACAUUGCAACCAUUUCCCAGCCUGAACUAAAGAUUUGUAAGUCUGGGGAUGCCAAAGGACAGUGGAUUGUACCAUGCCUUAGCUGUUCAGACAAUAGGACCUGUGAUUGGAGAGAAAUAACAUGGCAGCCUCAUAACUGCCAGCACAGUGUCCUAUCAAAGACUCAGAUACAGCACUGUCUGGGAAGAAGAAAGGUCCUUUUCAUUGGAGAUUCAACCAACAGAGGAAUAAUGUAUUAUCUGAUUGAAAGACUCAAUGAAACCCUGCAGGAAUGGCAGAAAGUGCACAGCAUUAAAUCAUACUACAAUGUCAACAAUGGCAGAACAUUCAUCAGUUACUCCUAUUAUCCUCAAUUCUGGAUCAGUGUUUCACAAAGGCCAACAUUUGAAAAAGCUCUUGAACAACUUUUGCAAAGAUCACAUCCACUUGAGAACACAGACCAGACUGUAUUAGUUGUUGGUGGUGUUCAAUGGCUUAAUUCCAAUCACCUACAAAUUAUUCACAAGGUUUUGAAGAGAGAAAACUUAUUAAAUAUUCUGGUGGUUAUUAAAACUCUGGGAAUGGGGUUUCAUCUGCCUGUGGAUGGAGUGCAUUCUUUAACCCAGAAUGAAGUACAGGAUUUAUGGAAAGAAAAUUGGAUUAUAUUAGAUUCUGCAAAAAGAUAUGGCUAUGAAGUGGUUGAUACUUUUAGCAUAACCAUGGGACGCUACAAGGAAUUUCUGCAAGGAAAGUGUGGAUGCCAUUUCCAUGAGGUAGUUAAAUCUAAGACUUCCCAAGAAUAUCAUCUUAUUAAAAUGAAACCAUCAAAACAGCAUGUUGUGGGAAAAUAUUUCAGCAAUUUGAACAAACAGAAGAGACUGCAAAGCUAUGCAACUAAUGUACAAUCACCAUAUCAUGUCAGAGGCCCAGUCAAUCAAGUCUGUUCUGAAAUUCUUCUCAGCAGGAUAUGUACGCAUGAAAGGACUGUGUAGCCUUCCUUCUGGAGAAGCAACCUUGCAUUUGGAAACUUCCCAUUUAUCUGGUCUGGGAACCAUGUCAAAUGCAUUACAUAUGUCUAUGGACCUCACAUGCAUGCUUGCAUACAGAGAGUGAGAGAGAGAGAGAAGGGAGAAGGGACACUCUUCCUGAGGAUUUAUACUGUCAAGAUGUGCCUCCUGCACAUUGUAGUUUCUAAAUGAUAAAGAUGCAAAAAAAAAUUAAUUUUUUAAAAAGAAAGGAAAAAUUUACUUGAAAUAUAGCCAAAUGCUUAAAUAAGCUAAAGGUAGGAUAUUAGGUUUUGUGAGAGUAAAGAUAAAUAAUAGGCACUUGAAAUAUGUGAAGAGACCCUAGAGCUCUUGAGCAUCAUUUUUUCUUACCUAUAGGUACAUUCAUAUUGAUGGGGGUGAAGGGGGAAGCAAUUACAUUCCACUUGCAACUAGGUACAGUACUUGUGUUCUUGGGUGGAAGAAAAUACAGUAUUUAGAAUGACACUGGUUUUUAUAAACCUAAUGCUUCUGAAAGGCAUUUCCUUCCAUUUGCUUUAUUGUUUAUUUUACAAUUUUAGGGAUGGAAGUGGGAUAGGAAAGGGAUUUUGGAGGAUACCAGUACAGGAGACUCCAAAGGGUCUAGAAGGGAGAAAUAUUGGAGUAAAACUCUUUAAAGCUAACACUUCAAUUGACCCAAGUUUCUUUACAUAGUCUUUACCCCUAUAUUUUUAAACAUAUCCAGUAUGCUGUCCUUAAAUAGGAUGCUUAUAGAAUAAUUUGAUAAUGAACGUGUCAAGUUAAAGAGAGGAACCAAAUUUUUUUUUCCACCUGUAUUAUUUGAUAAUAUUUGCAAAGUGCUUUGCAAACCAUAAAGAGCUAUAUAAAUGCUAGCUACUGUAUUAUUUCAUGUGGUCUCAUUUGCUUAAGGGAGGAAGGGGUAGGACCUGUGAUUUCAUCUAUGUGGGGAAUCCCUGGUGUGGAAAAUCCCUUCACUGAUGUACAGCAGUAACUCAUCUGUAACAGAUAAGUUUUAGAUAGUUUCAAUUAGUUACCUGGGGCACUGAUUUGCCCAGGGUCACAUCCUAGUGUAUGUGAAAAGUAGGUCUUGAAUCUAGCUCUUCCAGACUGAAUGGGCUUUAAUCCACGAUCCAGCUUCUCCAAUAAAGAUUGGCUUUUCAUUAAACUUAACAUAUACUUUAAGUUAAAAUCUUAACAUUAUAUAUUUGUUAAAGGAUUAUGUUUCCUUAAAUUCCUAGAUAUCAUUCCCGGGGGUAAAAAAAAAAGCAUCCAUGGACUUACUAGAUCAUCACUAAUUUGAUUAUAACUUAUCUGAUUUUCAAGAGUCAUUUGAGUUUUGGGGAAACACAUGCAUUGGAAGAGAAUUUCAGGUAGCAUUAAAUAUUAGUUGCUUUCAUUUUCUUAAAAUAGUGGAAUAAAAAUCAUAUAAUUCUUGAAAAAAAAUCUUCUUAAGAUAGGAACUAUGUGCCAAUCUAACAUUCUUAUUUUCCUGUUCUAUAUUUUAAAGUCCAAAUGCUGAAUUUUUUUUUGCUUUACACAAGUACUAGUGUUGUGAAUUAUUAUUUCACAGUUGUAAUGUGUUUUAAAAGUGUUGUUUUUCUUUAAAAAAAAAAGCUAAAUUAAUUCAGUUCAUAACUGAAACAACCAAAAGUGCAAUACCUCGACUUCACCAUCAUAUAGAAAAUAGGACUACCUGAUAUGAUUCACUAUAUGAAUAGAGAUGGAUUCACUGGUAUGAAUUUCUGCAUCCUCUAAAACCUCUAUAUUUUUAUAUUAUAUAUAUUUUUAUAUGAAGUUAUUCAAGAAAUGUGUACAUCAAUCUAUUUAAUAAGCUGUUUGGAGUUAUAUUUCAACACAAAAAUAGCAAUAUAUACAAGCAAUGCAUGUCUGUGUAACAAGUGGAUUAUAGUCAGUUAUUUUUUAAAAUAUGGUACAGAAGUUAAUUUUGCAAAGAUAUGAUCUUUAUAGCACAUACAAAUAUAUGAGACACCUAAAAUGGAACACCACUUUUUUUCAGGUUUUCAGUUAUUUUAAAGUACACAAUGCUUUAUAUUUGUGCCAGUGUAUUUCUCCUCUCUCCGCCUUAAAGAAGUGAAGAUUGAUAUUUCCCUCUUUGCUAUUUGUCAAUAUUAUGUUCAGUGAUAGUAUAAUGUAGUUUGGUGCAGUACAAUAGAUCAAUCAUACUUUACUUACUUCGUCUUAAUGUUAUUCUUUUAAGAUUUGUCUAAGUAAUAGUUGAGCAGUAUUAGUAUGAAGCAACCACUUUUUACGGUUGUACUUAGUAUGAUUUUUAUUGGAAGUACAUAAUUUUAGGAAGAAUGGUAAUCAUGAUGUUUAAAUAAUUACAACUUGAAGUCAUAAUAGUGUUGCCAUCUUUCAUCCAUGGUCAUUUCUGCUUUACAUUGACCCAGACCAGCUUCUGAACAGAAAGCAGGGUUAGCCUAUUGCAAGAUCAAAUACUGGGAUUGCAAGUAAACAUUUUGAUUAGUCAUUUUACAUUAAAUAAAUUCUUUCCCCACUGAAAUAGUUGUAUUUUUAUUUUCUGGACAUCAUUUUAGUAGGGAAAAAAUUGCUAUGUACAUAUUUAUAAGUGAAUGAAAUUAAUAAUUUGCAUUUUCAGCUAGUUUUUGCUUUAGCCUUACUCUGUGGAAUAAUUUUCAGUGAAUAUGAUCAUAAUGUUGUCAUUUAAUUGACAGGACAGGUUAAGUACAUCCUUUGUGAUGCUGCCCAAAGAAGAAAGACAGAAUAGGUAGUGAAAAGUAUUAAAGUCUAAGAAUAUCUCAGUAGAAAUUUUAAGACAAAGCUGUGAGCCUUUCCUCCCCCAUCCCCAAAGUUCAGUGAGCUGUUUGGCAUCCAUCCAAUCUGGUCAACAAGCCCCAAAGGACCAUGUGAGAAAUAUGGUAUCAUUGCCCAUUAGACUCAUAUCUGGUUCAUUUAACCUAAGUGUAAUUUACAAAUCUCUAUAGCAGUCUCCACUGCAGGAUAGUAAUUCCUACCCUCCUUCUCAUCUCCAGCCCCUCUCCCUGUUACCACUUCGGUUUUGGAAGGUGCUGGCAAAAGUUGCUGAUUUUUGAGACUGUGUAAGUCAGUUUGUGAAGCUUUCCAGAGAAGAAUAGAUGCUGGUUAAUUUCUCUGAAUAGUUUUCUACCAUUUCUUAUUGUAUUUCAUUUUAGAUGAAGAAGAAAUGCAAAAUGAUGCCUAAAUAUUUUUACAUAAUCAGAUUGACUCUUCAGCUUUAAUUUUUACUUCCAAACAGAAUUUUUAAUAGACCUAAUAAUCAAUCAAUAAUCCUUCAGUUUUAAGAUUCCUCACCCUACCCUGGUCCCAAUUUUAAUAAGUUAAGGGAAAAGAUAUCAAACCAUAGAUUUAAAGCUGGAAGAGACUUUAGAAAUCAUAUAAUUCUAUCAUUUUACAGGUGAGGAAAUUGAGGCCCAGAUAAACCAUGUGACUUGACUUCACACAGGUAGUAAGUGCAUAGGACUAGGUUCUGAGAAAAUCUUUAUCCAAAGACUGCUCAAUCCAAACUCGGGUUGACACAAUAGCAUUUUUUUUAACCUGAAUGAAUUCUUUUCUGGGUAAAACCCAGAAAAGAUUGAAAUGUCAUCAAAACUAAAGGCAGACCCUCUUAAAGUUAAUAUUAGAAAAUACAGUUAUGAUAAGUUCAGUAGAAAAGUUUCAGUGUGAAAGCAUUAAGAACUGUUCUCCAAGUCAUAGAUUUCAGCUACACAUACAAGAGACAUGACCUUUUUUUGCUGCUUUAAUCAGAUGGAUAUCAGAAAAUGACCAGUUCGUAAAUGAACUUUUUUUCCAUUUUCAGGUAUUUUUUGUGACAGCAUUAGUAUAGGGUGUCUUCAUUUUUGGAGAGCUGUUUCUGAAUUUCUUUCAAGUUUCUUUGUAAUCUAUAAACUAUUCAAGAUAAACCUACUGGAGCUUUUUUUUUAAAAAAGCAUUUGAAGUUCAAAAACUUAUUUUAAUCAUUUGGAAGAAACUAAGGCAAUUUGAAAGAAACACAUUUUAAAGAGGAUGAACCAGAAAUUAUUAGAAAGCCCAUAGGACAUUAAAGACAACGGGCUAUUACCAGUGUUUCAGAAUUAGAUAUGUAUUUGGCACAGCUUCCAAGUUUCCAUACUGUCAAAGAACGUUUUAUCAUUUUUAUUGCUACAGUGACUAUUAUUGUCAACUUCCAUAUUUCUUUUAUGAUUCAUUUGGUAUAAGGAGCUUGUAGAUUUCAUUCUUGUCUAACUGAUGGUGACCAUACAUUCCUCCUAGAUGUGGUGGUCCAUUUGUUUUCUUCAUAUUCACAAAAACAUUUUUAUGGCUCUAUUAAAUGUCAAACUAACAUAUGUAUUACCAAUCUCAAUGCAUAGGUUAAAUGGUGCUCUUGAAAAUCUAUUAAGAACAUCUGCAUGUAGCCCCAUCACUUGUCUAUAUAUAAAUAAUUAUUUAAAGUCAACAAGUCAGGGAGGGGGUGAAGAACAGCAAACAUCUUCAUCACAUAAAAUAUUGGAAGGCUACCUACAUGCAAAUCAUAUGUGAGGAGUUAACAGUUCUGAUUUUGAUUUAAAUUAAUUGAGAUUUUCUUCAUCUUUAAGUUUACACAUAUCUCAAGUCCGUGUAAAGCUUUACAAGAAACAGUUUCUAUUUCAUCAUAUAGAAUCAUCCUAUUUGGCAAUCCUUGGUGGACAAUAUCUGGAUGUAUUGUUGCAUUGAUACCUAAACUGUGCUCCAAGGAAGUCUAGUUUUCCUUAUAACACACUUGUGGAUUCUUCAAGAAAAGUUUGACACCAGUGAAAUUUUUCAUGCUUAAAUAGUAAAUAUGAUUGUGAAUAAAAAAAAUACCCACUAUUGAUGCUAAAUUUUUUAGUAUAAAAAUAGACUUAAUUUGUUUUAUUUUGUUCCUAAAUUUUCCUAAAGUCCUUUAAUUUGGGGGUGGGUAUCCUCCAUGUUUAGAGUAGUAUUUUGAGGUCUCACUAAGGUGAUUCAAGUCCGAAGAUGUUCCAAAAUAGUUUGUGAGACAUGGCAUUCUUAAAUUUUAGAGGAGAUCAUGAGUAAACGUUGAAUUUCACCAACCAAGGCUUUUUUUGGGGGAUCAUAUUCAGUAUCCAAUUUUUAUUUUAUGUAAAAAUGUUUAAUGUCUGUCUUUCCUAUAAAAUAAGGACAUUUUUAUAACCUGCAUUAAUUAUGAUCUUUUUGGUAUGCCAAAAGUUAAGUGUUACAUGGUUUUGUUAAAAAAAAAUGAAUUAAAUUGAUUAUCAAAUA